AUGAGGAAUCCCGAGAGCAACCUGGAAGUGACGCGGUUCAACCAAAGGAUCUUCCUCGACGUGAGCAACACAGGCCGCAAGCCAGGCCACCGUCCCAUCUUUGCUCGAAGAGCAACAGAAGCAGGUGGUGCAGCAAGUGGCGACGGCACUGGCGAUGAAGAAGCAGCCGACGAAGCAGCUGGUGACGGAGCAUUUGCGCCAGGCGAGGACGAGGCCGACCUAGGCGAGGCAGAACCAGGCGAGGCAGCAAUCGACCGGGCGGGCGAGCCAGUCGGCUCGAGGCCGACCAAGUCGCGGGAGGCCGGCCCAGGCGAGACCACCGGCUCAGGGGAGGCCGGCCCAGGCGAGAUCGCCGACUCAGAGGAGGCCAGCUCAAGGGAGGCUGGCCCAGGCGAGACCGGCCCAGGCUCAGGGGAGGCCGGCGCAGGGAAGGCCGACACGGGCAAAGCCUAUGCUGAAGAGCCCGGUCCAGACGUGCAUGGCGCAUGCACGAGACCGCUCCCAACGUCAGGUGCAGUCGACAGCUCCGGCUCCUCCAGCAACUCAAGGCGAGCUCCACGACCCGUUCCUGCAACAUGA